AUGAGACUAUCACUUCGAGUCGGUUCGGCCGCCGCGCUCAUUAUUGUCGCCCUCAUCCUCCUCAGCCGUCGUCUAGGCGCUCCCGAAUCACCCAAGGACUUCUGGCGCUUCGAUACUUCAUCCUUCCGCGCCGCUCUACGACCAAAACCCGCGCAAGAUGUUGGACGCCGGAAAUGGGGCAUUGGAACAGGCCACUCGGCCGUCUUAACUUAUCAAACUUCCGCCAUUGAAAUCCCCAAUGAGGGUAUCAUUGUCAUGGGCAAACUUCGCGAGGAGGACACUGCAUGGGUAUCCGCAGAAUUGGCUGAAUGGCGCAAUUUCGUCUACACCGUUGACGACACCAACGCGCCCGCACACACCCCCAAGAAUAAGGGUCGCGAGGCCCUACCCUACCUCCAAUACAUCGUCGACCAUUAUAAUGAUCUCCCCGCGAUUAUCAUUUUCCUUCACUCCCACCGCGACGGCUGGCCCGCCGGCUGGCACACCGAUACCAUGGACUACAGCAAUGUAGAUUCCGUGCGCGCGCUGCAGCGCGAAUUCGUUCUGGCCGAGGGUUUCGUCAGUCUGCGCUGUCAAUUGUCGCCGGGCUGCCCCGCGGAGAUGCAGCCUUUCCGCCAGCCUCCAAAGCCAGGUAACACGGGUGAGAAGCAUUACGCCGAGGCUUGGAAAGUGCUGUUUGGCAAUAACGACGUGCCCAAGGAAAUUGGUGCGCCGUGUUGCUCUCAAUUUGCCGUGUCGCGCGAGCAAGUGCUUCAACGCCCGCUCAGCGAUUAUAAGCGCAUGUAUGAUUGGGUGUUGAAUAAUGAUCUUCCCGAUGAGGUGACCUCCAAUAUUAUGGAGUAUUCAUGGCACAUUAUCUUCGGCAAGGAUCCUAUUUUCUGCCCGGAUACUUUCCAGUGCUACGCCGACGUCUACGGCGAGGAGGUCGUCAUCUAA